AUGGAGUAUUUGGGCCAUAUCGUUGGGUCAUAUGGCGUGAAAAUUGACCCAUCUAAAAUAGAAGCAAUUCAAGUAUGGCCAAAGACAAAUUCUCUCAAACAGCUUAGGGGCUUUCUUGAAUUAAUGGGGUAUUAUCGCAAGUUUGUGGCUAACUAUGCCCAAAUUGCUCAUCCCUUGACUGAGUUACUCAAGAAAAAUAAUUUCUAUUGGGGCGAAGAGGCGGAUAGAGCCUUCGAGCAGCUGAAGGCUGCCAUGAUUCAUACCCUAGUCCUAGCAUUAUCAGAUUUUUCUAUGCCUUUUACGGUAGAGGUGGAUGCGUCCCAUAAGGGCAUUGUGGUGGUUGACGGAUUUACUAAGGUGGGAUAUUUUACUGCUCUUAAGCCUGGAUUUACAGCAAGGGAUGCAGCCAAGGCAUUCAUCAAUUUGGUGGUCAAGUUGCAUGGAUUUUCGGUCACUAUGGUUUCGAAUAGAGACCCUAUUUUCCUAAGCAAGUUCAGGAAAACUUUGUUCAAGUUUAGUGGUACCCAGCUCAGCUACAACACUGCCUAUCAUCCACAGAUUGACGCGGUCAGACUGAGGUAG